AUGUCAGACCCCUUUUCUGUCGCCGGAAGCGCUGUUGGCGUCAUUUCUCUCGGCCUGACCGUUUGCCAAGGAAUUGUCAACUACUACAGCGCCUUUAAAGGGCAGGAUGAAGAAGUCUCUCAAACAGUUGAUGCGGCCACCAACUUGAGCAACAUAUUGAAAAUCCUACAGCCCCGUGUUACGGCUCUCAAGGAACAGAAUCAGACAACUGCAACACAGAUCGAGACCUGUAUCGAAUCCUGUGCCGGGACCUUGCACAAGCUUCAAGAAGUUCUUCGAAAAUGUGAAGCAACGGCAACAUCUGCGAACAUGCGAGAUCGGUUUAGGGAAUACAGAAAAAAGGCUCUAUAUCCGUUUCGGAGAGAUACCAUCAAGAGUAUAAAAGAGCAUGUCACUGACGCGCAUGCAAACGUUCAAACCGCGCUUCAAGUGCUGGGAAUGUAA